GCGCCGCCUGGGCGCCGACCUCCAUCUCGCCUGGCGCCUCCUCUCCCCGGAUCGCUCGCCCGGCCGCUUGCUCCGGCCUGGGUCUCCGCCGCCGCCUCCUCCUUCCCUCGCGCUUCGCCACCCACUUCUCCCCUCCCGGCGCCGGCGCCCUUGCCCCCUCCGCCUUUCCCCGGCUCUUCUCCGGCUUCCAUUUUUCUCUGCUUUCCCAAAGCCAGUGGGAAGGGGCGGGGGAGACCUCCGGGGCUUCGGAAGCUGUCCCCGGGCUGCCGCGGCCGGCCCUCCUCACCCCUUCCCGGCACAGGCACAUGGAGAGACAUGAACCAGGCGGGCGGACUGGACCUGCUCAAGAUCUCAUAUGGAAAAGGAGCUAGAAGGAAAAACAGAUUUAAAGGAUCCGAUGGGAGCACUUCAUCUGACACUACCUCAAAUAGCUUCGUCCGUCAGGGUUCGGCAGACUCCUACACCAGCCGUCCAUCUGAUUCAGAUGUUUCUUUGGAAGAAGAUCGGGAGGCAGUGCGUAGAGAAGCAGAGCGACAGGCCCAGGCCCAGUUGGAAAAAGCAAAGACAAAACCUGUUGCAUUUGCAGUUCGGACAAACGUCAACUACAGUGCAGCCCACGAAGACGAUGUCCCAGUGCCAGGCAUGGCCAUCUCAUUCGAAGCAAAAGAUUUUCUGCAUGUUAAGGAAAAAUUUAACAAUGACUGGUGGAUAGGGCGAUUGGUUAAAGAAGGCUGUGAAAUCGGAUUCAUUCCAAGCCCAGUCAAGCUAGAAAAUAUGAGGCUACAGCAUGAACAGAGAGCCAAGCAAGGGAAAUUCUACUCCAGUAAAUCAGGAGGAAACUCAUCAUCCAGUUUGGGUGACAUAGUACCUAGUUCCAGAAAAUCGACACCUCCAUCGUCUGCUAUAGACAUAGAUGCUACUGGCUUAGAUGCAGAAGAAAAUGAUAUUCCAGCAAACCACCGCUCCCCUAAGCCCAGUGCAAACAGUGUAACGUCACCCCACUCCAAAGAGAAAAGAAUGCCCUUCUUUAAGAAGACGGAGCACACUUCUCCAUAUGAUGUGGUCCCUUCUAUGCGGCCAGUGGUCUUGGUGGGCCCUUCUCUGAAGGGGUAUGAGGUCACCGAUAUGAUGCAAAAAGCGCUGUUCGAUUUUUUAAAACACAGAUUCGAAGGGCGGAUUUCCAUCACCAGGGUCACCGCUGACAUCUCGCUGGCCAAACGCUCCGUGUUGAACAAUCCCAGUAAGCACGCGAUAAUAGAAAGAUCCAACACAAGGUCAAGUUUAGCGGAAGUUCAGAGUGAAAUCGAGAGGAUUUUUGAACUUGCAAGAACACUGCAACUGGUGGUCCUUGAUGCAGAUACUAUUAAUCAUCCAGCUCAACUCAGUAAAACCUCUCUGGCCCCUAUUAUAGUGUAUGUCAAGAUUUCUUCUCCUAAGGUGUUACAAAGGUUAAUAAAAUCUCGAGGAAAAUCUCAAGCUAAACACCUCAAUGUCCAGAUGGUAGCAGCAGAUAAGCUGGCCCAGUGUCCUCCAGAAUCGUUUGACGUGAUCUUGGAUGAGAACCAGCUUGAGGACGCCUGUGAGCACCUGGCCGACUACCUGGAGGCCUACUGGAAGGCCACCCACCCGCCCAGCAGCAGCCUCCCCAACCCUCUCCUCAGCCGUACUCUGGCCACUUCAACCCUGCCCAGGAGCCCGACUCUGGCCUCUCACUCACAGGGUCCUCCAGGCGAUCAGAGGAUGGAUCGCUCAGCCCCGGGCCGGUCUGCUUCCCAAGUUGAAGAAGAAGCCUGCCCGGAGCUGGUCCGGAAACCCCAGCACCGGUCUUCGUCCUCCGCCCAGCACCACAACCACCGCAGUGGUGCCGGCCGCGGCCUCUCCAGGCAGGAGACGCUGGACUCAGAGACACAGGAGAGUCGAGACUCCGCCUACGUGGAGCCCAAGGAAGAUUCCUGCCACGAGCCCGUGGACCACUGCGCCGCCCACCGUGACCACAGCCACAGGGAGGAGCCCCACGGAGGUGGCGAGCACAGACACCGCGAGUCUCGGCACCGCGCCCGGGACCCGGAUCGGGAGCAGGACCACAACGAGUGCAGCAGACAGCGGAGCCGCCACAAAUUCAAGGACGCAGAAGGGCUCGCCAAGAAGCGGAACGAGGCUGGGGACUGCAACAGGGAUGUUUACAUCCGCCAGUGACGUUCGUCCUUUUGUGUUGUUGGGGUUUUUUGUUUUUGUUUUUGUUUUUUUUUUUAUUUUUAAAGUCUUGUACACCACCACCCUCACACUCAGUCUGGGGGCGUCUACAUCGCAAU